GCCUAGAAUUCAGACAGCAUGAUUUGGCUUAAAGAGGUGGUAGGACCACAUACCACACCUACCUCUAUGGCAGAGAAGCGCACCAGGCUCGGAGAGCAGUACUACAGAGAUGCCAUGGAGCAGUGCCAUAACUACAACGCCCGGCUAUGUGCCGAGAGGAGUGUCCGAAUGCCCUUCCUGGACUCUCAGACUGGAGUGGCGCAGAACAACUGUUACAUUUGGAUGGAGAAGAGACACAGGGGACCAGGCGUGGCCCCGGGACAGUUGUACACCUACCCAUCCCGCAGGUGGAGGAAGAAACGACGAUCCCACCCCCCAGAGGAUCCCCGACUCAUCUUCCCUCCUCUAAAGUCAGAGCUGGACUUGGGGUUAAAGAAGGAUUCCCUGUCCUCUGAUGGCAGCAGUCUGGAGGCCCUGCUGAAGGGAGAACCCCUGGACAAACGGGUUCCUCCGGAGCUCCGAGGGCCUGAGGAGGAGUCCAGUCUGACAGACUACACUGGUGGGGCGGUCACCCCUGUAGCACGCGUCAGAAAGAGAGUCCUGGAGCCAGAUGACUUCCUGGAUGACUUGGAGGAUGAGGACUAUGAGGAAGACACCCCAAAAAGAAGAGGGAAAGGAAAGGGAAAGGGUCGUGGAGUAAGCAGUGCCAAGAAGAAGCUGGACGCUGCGGCGGCUGCGCUGGAGGACAAGGACAAGCCCUACUCCUGUGACAACACUUUCAAACAAAAGCAUAUUUCAAAACCUUCCGAAAGAGUCUGUGGGAAGCGUUACAAGAAUCGUCCGGGCCUGAGCUACCACUACACCCACUCGCACCUGGCUGAGGAGGAGGGAGAGGACAAGGAGGAGCCUGAGGUCCACACCCCCACUCCGCCCCAGCCUGAGGAGCCUAAGACACCCAAGAAAGGUCCAGAUGGUUUGGCGAUACCCAAUAACUACUGUGACUUCUGCCUGGGAGACUCUGCCCUCAACCAGAAAACGGGCCAGUCAGAGGCGCUGCAGUCCUGCUCAGACUGUGGACGUUCAGGCCACCCGUCCUGCCUGCAGUUCACCCCCGUGAUGAUGGCUGCAGUGAAGACCUACCGCUGGCAGUGCAUCGAGUGCAAGUGCUGCAACAUCUGUGGCACCUCAGAGAACGACGACCAGCUUCUCUUCUGUGAUGACUGUGAUAGAGGCUAUCAUAUGUACUGUCUCAGCCCCCCUAUGGCUGAACCUCCAGAAGGGAGCUGGAGCUGCCAUCUGUGUCUGGACCUAUUGAAAGACAAGGCGUCAAUAUAUCAGACCCGUAAUGUCCCUCCGUCGUGAUGGACCCCCAUCCUCACAUACAACCCUCCCUCCACAGUGAGGUUCUUUCUCUGUGGUCAGUCGAGCGGAGGGGGUGGGACAGAUGACUUGUGAAAAGGGAAACGUACCCCCCCGCUGAAACACGCUUAGGUUUGGUUGUUCUAUGACUGUUGCACAGUUCCAAGCUCAAGUGACCCAUGUAGGCUUUUGUUUUCAACUAUUUGUCAAUAUAUCAAACUCAAUGUGUAAUAUCCUGAACUUGACAAUACAUCAAGUAUGUUUCUUUAAAAGUGGCUUUAACCACAAACGCAGCUUUUACCAGCCAAAGUACACACAAUCUCACACACACAGUGCAUUCGGAAAGUAUUCAGACCCCUUCACUUUUUCCACAUUUUGUUACGUUACAGCCUUAUUCUAAAAUUGAUUUAAAAAAUACAUUUUCCUCAUCAAUCUAUACACAAUACCCCAUAAUGUCUAAAACACCUUUUGCAUUGUCAUUUUUGCAAAUUUUGUAAAAAAACAACUGAAAUAAAUUAUUUACAUUAGUAUUCAGACCCUUUGCUAUGAGACUUGAAAUUGAGCUCAGGUGCGUCCUGUUUCCAUUUAUCAUCCUUGAGCUGUUUCUACAACUUGAUUGGAGUCCACCUGUGGUAAAUUCGAUUGAUUGGACAUGAUUUGGAAAUGCACAGACCUGUCGAUAUAAGGUCCCACAGUUGAUAGUGCAUAUCAGAGCAAAAACCAAGCCAUGAGGUCGAAAGAAUUGUCCAUAGAGCUUCAAGACAGGAUUGUGUCGAGGCACAGAUCUGGGGAAGGGUACCAAAAAAUGUCUGCAGCAUUGAAGGUCCCCAAGAACACAGUGGCCUUCAUCAUUCUUAAAUGGAAGAAAUUUGGAACCACCGAGACUCUUCUUAGACCUGGCCGCUCAGCAAUACUGAGAAAUUAUGGGAGAAGGGUCUUGGUCAGGGAGGUGACCAGCAACCCGAUGGUCACUCUGACAGAGUGUCUCUGUGGUGAUGGGAGAACCUUCCAGAAGGACAACCAUCUCUGCAGCAUUCCAUCAACAAGGCCUUUAUGGUAGGGUGGCCAGACGGAAGCCACUCCUCAGUAAAAAAGCACAUGACUGCCUGCUUGGAGUUUGCCAAAAGGCCCUUAAAAGGACUCGGACCAUGAGAAACAAGAUUUUCUGGUCUGAUGAAACCACGAUUGAACUCUUUGGCCUGAAUGCCAAGCAUCACGUCUGGAAGAAACCAGGCAACGCUCAUCACCUGGCCAAUACCAUCCCAACGGUGAAGCAUGGUGGUAGGAGCAUCAUGCUGUGGGGAAGUUUUUCAGCGGCAGGGACUCUGAGAUUAGUUGGGAUCGAGGGAAAGAUGAACGGAGCAAAGAUCCUUGAUGAAAAACUGUUCCAGAGCACUCAGGACCUCAGAUUGGGGCGAAGGUUCACCUUGCAACGGGACAAGUCUGAAUGUCCUUUAAUGGCUCAGCCAGAGCCUGGACUUUAACCCGAUCUGAUAUAUCUGGAAAGACCUGUAAAUAGCUGUGUAGCGAAGCUCCCCGCUCCAACCUGACAGGGCUUGAGAGGAUCUGCAGAGAAGAAUAGGAGAAACUCCCCAAAUACAGGUGUGCCAAGCUUGUAGCGUCAUACCCAAGAAGCUUGAGGCUGUAAUCGCUGCCAACAAAGUACUAAGUAAAGGGUCUGAAUACUUAAGUAAAUAUGAUAUUUAAGUUUUUUAUUUUAAAUACAUUUGCAAACAAUUCUAAAACUGUUUUCACUUUGUCAUUAUGGGGUAUUUGGUUGUCGAUUGGUUGGGGGGGGAUACAUUUUAGAAUAAGGCUGUAACGUAACAAAAUGUGGAAAAAGUUAAAUUGUCUGAAGAAUCCGAAGGCACUGCACAUGCACACGACUGCUCCGAAUCCUACUUUUAUUCUGCAAAAUAUCUGUUUUGCGUGGUGAGGAGAGAAAUAGUUGAAAUCAAUUAGCAUGCCAAUGCUUGUUCAUAAUCAGAAAAAUGUUUAAGGUUUUGUAUAUUUAUAUAUUUGUAUAGCAUAUUAAAGGUGUGAAAUGAUUUAAAAGCUGCAAUAAUAGGUUGGUUCUGUAGUCUUUGUGUAGUGCCCAUCUUCAUUAUUAAUUAAUAAUCUUCCAUCUCCUGAUGUGGAGGCAACACAGAGUUGGGAAAGCAUAGAGAGGGCCUUACCAUUACUUAGUACCCAUCCAUCUCUAUACCUCAGAGAGAGGAACAGGACCUUGGCGUAACUCUUUUUAAGGAAUUGAUAUUGAGUGUUUACGGCAUUGAAGGAAAGUGAGGCAUUGAAGGAAAGUGAGUCAAGUGGUUGCUGGUUGGUUUAAGUGAAUUUGAGUUUAUUCUACAGUCAUGGCCAAAAGUUUUGAGAAUGACAAAAAUAUUAAUUUCCAAAAGUUUGCUGCUUCAGUGUCUAGAUAUUUUAGUUAGAUGUUACUAUAGAAUACUGAAGUAUAAUUACAAGCAUUUCAUAUGUGUCAAAGGCUUUUAUUGACAAUUACAUGAAGUUGAUGCAAGCGCCAAUAUUUGCAGUGUUGACCCUUUUUUUUCCCCAAGACCUCUGCAAUCCGCCCUGCAUGCUGUCAUUUAACUUCUGGGCCACAUCCAGACGAGCUUUUUUUUCCGGAUGCCACAAACAAUCGGAAAGGGGAUUCAUCAGAGAAAAUGACUUUACCCCAGUCCACAGCAGUCCAAUCUCUGUACCUUUUGCAGAAUAUCAGUCUGUCCCUGAUGUUUUUCCUGGAGAGAAGUGGCUUCUUUGCUGCCCUUGACACCAGGCCAUCCUCUAAAAGUCUUUGCCUCACUGUGCGUGCAGAUGCACUCACACCUGCCUGCUGCCAUUCCUGAGCAAGCUCUGUACUGGUGGUUCCACGAUCCCGCAGCUGAAUCAACUUUAGGAGAUGGUCCUGGCGCUUGCUGGACUUUCUUGGGCGCCCUGAAGCCUUCUUCACAACAAUUGAACCGCUCUCGAAGUUCUUGAUGAUCCGAUAAAUGGUUGAUUUAUGUGCAAUAUUACUGGCAGCAAUAUCCUUGGCUGUGAAGCCCUUUUUCUGCAAAGCAAUGAUGGCACGUGUUUCCUUGCAGGUAACCAUGGUUGACAGAGGAAGAACAAUGAUUCCAAGCACCACCCUCCUUUUGAAGCUUCCAGUCUGUUAUUCAAACUCAAUCAGCAUGACAGAGUGAUCUCCAGCCUUGUCCUCGUCAACACUCACACCUGUGUAAAUGAGUGAAUCACUGACAUGAUGUCAGCUGGUCCUUUUGUGGCAGGGCUGAAAUGCAAUGGAAAUGUUUUGGGGGGGAUUCAGUUCAUUUUCAUAGCAAAGAGGGACUUUGCAAUUCAUCUGAUCACUCUUCAUAACAUUCUGGAGUAUAUGCAAAUUGCCAUCAUACAAACUGAGGCAGCAGACAUUGUGAAAAUGAAUAUUUGUGUCAUUUUCAAAACUUUUGGCCACGACUGUAUACCUACAGCCAGCAUUUUACCAACAAUAGUUAAAUAUUCCAUUGGUAGGCAUCACAGGUCCUAGAGAGCUGCACUAGUCCUGAACCCGACCCCUUGUUAUGUGUUGGGAAAUGGCUACCGAGCACAGGACUUUGUUUCCCUUCCCAUAACGGCUCAGAAGUCUCAUCCCACCCUGCUCCACUGGGGCCUCACGUGACUGUCAUGAUCUACACUCCCCUUCAGUUAUAGCCACAGGAGGGCAGUAAUGAGCAAUACAAGUGCUACUGGGACUGUCAGGGGGAUAAUGUUAUUGGAAUGAUUGGGGAGCCAUCGGAGGAUCUCGUCAGACAGUGGUGUGUUAACACAAACUGCAGACUGGUGUGUGCACCUGCAUUUGCUAUACUGUAGCAUUUUCCUUAGAGGAAAAAUGUAUUGACAUUGUCAUAUAUGAGGUCUACAUUUAUAUCAUUUGUAAGAUGGGCACAAAGUGAUUCUAAGGUGAACCUUAAAGGCACAUUUCUGAAUCAAUUGCAUGUCUGAGUUGUUUGUCUCAUGGAAAGGGAACACCUGUUUUUUUCCCUUGUAUUUUCUCAAUGCUCUUCUCCCCCAAAGCUGGGCACAAUGUUCUCCACAGGUCUGGCACACAAAUUACACUAAUUACAAUUAGCGAAGAUGUUUUUACCUUAACUAGUGACAGUAAAAAAACACAGGAUACAUUGACAGACAUGGUAAGAAAGGCAAAACAGUCAAGCAAGUGCAUGAUAAUGUGUGCUAAUGGUAUGCUCCGAUUUGAAUUGAUCAAAGUGUAAAGGGAAGUUGUGUAAUAUAAUUUAGCUGUACUAUCAUGUUAUAUCAAUAGCCAACUAACAAAUACUAAAGCGUUAAACAAGUAUUUCUCAUGACACUUUUUGGGGUGUUUGUUUUAGAGGCGGUUUCCAGGAACAUAACGGUUUUUGUUUUGCCAGUUGAUGUAGAACAGUUUUGGGACUUUAUUUGAGUUGUGAAUGAAUAUUGCCUUUAUGGUAGAAGGUUUUGUCUUCCCCCCCCCCCCCGCGGAAAAUAAAAUAUUUGUCACUGGC